AUGUUCGUUUCUCUGCAGGAAGAACUCAAAAGGCUACAGCACACCUUGGAGCAAGUUAGCGAUGGAAACUAUUUACUUGAAAACCAUCAGCUUGCUAUGGACAUGGCCAUGGAGAAUAAUAUUGAGAAAUAUCAUAUCAAUUUACAGCCCUUGGAAUCAAAAGUGAAAGUCAUUCAAAGAGCAUGGCGUGAAUAUCUCCAACGUCAAGAUAUACAGAGUCAGAACCAUUUGGAAAAGCGCAGUCCUUCACCGCCUUCCUUGUCAUCUGGCAAAAUGAGCAGUUCUAUCAGUAUGAACAUCUUUUCAGAUGACAGUACACCCGACUAUAUGCAAGAUGGCAUGGAUCUAGGGAGCGACCCCUGCAGCAGCCGCUCCAGCUCCGAGUCCACUUCCAGCAAAGUGACUCCUUGCUCGGAAUGCAAAUCUUCCCCGUCGCCUACCAGCCUGGAUUUGGCUGCUUUGGAGGACUCCGAGGAGGAGGAGGAGGAGGAGGAAGAGGAAGAGGAGGAAGAAGGAAGAGAGGGGGAGGAGGUCGAGGAGGACGACUUCCAGGAGUCUACCGCGAGGAAAGGGAUUGAUGUGUGGAAGGAGGAUGGGGACUAUGCCCCGCGCCAUGCCAAAACCACCCCUACCAGGAGGAGUUUAACCCGAGAGCCGGUGGAGGUGAGGAGUACCUGCCUCAGCCUCCCCACUGCCACCAUGCCCCCUCCAGCUCCCACCACGAAUCCCCCUCCCCAUCCUCACCGUCACCUGCAGGACCUUAGGCACAAUGCCAACAUGGUGCCGUCCAGCCACCGGACUGGACACAAAGGGGGUGUGGGUUACAGCAAAGCCCCCUGUCUCCAGAGAGCUCAACAGGGAGGUCCUUUGCUUGCCUUCCGCCCCGUGGAGAACUCCUUAGGAGGGGAUGCCUUGAAAGAGCAGGAGCCUCAGCUGCCCACUAUGGACUGGGAAGCACUGGAGAAACACCUGGCUGGGUUGCAGUUCCAAGAACAGGAGCUCCGGAGCCAGAAGAGCAACUACACCUCUAUCUUUCAGUUUAGCAGUUCAUUUAGUAUCCCUGCAGAAAAUGACAACUAUCACUCUUCUUUCUUUUCAAGGUUACAGAGUGGGAUGAAUUUACAAAUUUGUUUUGUCAAUGACAGUGGAAGUGACAAAGAUAGUGAUGCUGAUGACAGCAAGACAGAAACUAGUCUAGAUACACCUUUGUCUCCUAUGAGCAAGCAGAGCUCUUCCUAUUCUGACAGAGAUACUACUGAGGAGGAAUCUGAAUCCUUGGAUGAUAUGGAUUUUCUCACAAGACAAAAGAAACUUCAAGCUGAAGCUAAAAUGGCUCUGGCGAUGGCAAAGCCAAUGGCCAAAAUGCAAGUAGAGGUGGAAAAACAGAAUAGGAAAAAAUCUCCAGUAGCUGAUCUUCUGCCACAUAUGCCUCAUAUAAGUGAAUGCUUGAUGAAAAGAAGUUUAAAACCCACAGACCUGAGAGAUAUGACAAUUGGGCAACUGCAAGUGAUAGUCAAUGAUCUACAUUCACAGAUAGAAAGUUUAAAUGAAGAAUUGGUGCAACUGCUGCUUAUUCGAGAUGAAUUGCACACAGAGCAGGAUGCAAUGUUGGUAGACAUUGAAGACUUGACCAGACAUGCUGAAAGUCAGCAGAAGCACAUGACUGAGAAAAUGCCAACGAAAUAAAAUGGGAAG